GAGGUGGGGAGGGAGCGAGGACCACAUCGCUGCCUCCGGCUCCGAGCUGCCAGUUGCUGGUUGCCAAGCAGUUAUCAUUGUUUCUGUGACGAUUGCAGAGGCUGUUGCUAAUUGAAGAAGCCCCCACAGCAUCCUUCUCUCUGCUCCUGCUUCUGCUUUUAUUUUAGAGGCUCAAGGGGGAAGACAGCCAGACUAGUGCUUUUUUACAUUGCAUUUUUAUUUAUUUCUUUUUGCGGGGGUGGGAAAUUUCUCAGCUGGUGAUUAAGUGAUGGACUAGUUACUCAUCCGUAUCCCUUUAGUCUUUGUGUGUGUGUGUGUGUGUGUGUGCGUGUAUGUCUGAACACACAGACAAGCUUACACACACACACACACACAGAGUAAAAUCCUGUUUGCCACUGCAGUGGGCACAAAUAGGUGAGCAUGACUACAGCCAAGGAGCAAAAUGCAUCAGGGAAACAAGCCCAACAGCAAGACCAGGAGCUGGUGGGGAGUAAUCCUCCUCAAAGAAACUGGAAAGGAAUUGCAAUUGCCUUACUUGUUAUUCUCGUUAUCUGCUCGCUGAUUGUCACCUCUGUCAUACUCCUGACACCAGUGGAAGAUAACAGCUUGUCUCAGAAGAAGAAGAUAACAGUGGAAGAUCUCUUCAGUGAUGAUUUUAAGAUUCAUGACCCAGAGGCUAAAUGGAUAACUGAUAAUGAAUUCAUUUAUAGAAACCAGAAUGGCACAGUGAUUCUGAGGAAUGUCGAAACCAACAGUUCAACAAUAUUAAUAGAAAACAAAAAAAUUGUCUCCUUAAAGGCUAUCCGGUAUGAGGUGUCACCUGACAGGGAAUAUGCACUGUUUGCCUUUGAUGUUGAACCUGUGUAUCAGCAUUCAUAUACAGCAUAUUAUGUCCUCAGCAAAAUACCUCAUGGGGAUCCCCAGAAUUUGUUUCCCCCUGAGGUCAGCAAUGCAAAGCUUCAGUAUGCUGGUUGGGGUCCAAAAGGGCAACAGCUGAUAUUUAUCUUUGAGAAUAACAUCUAUUACUGUGCCCAUGUGGGGAAACAAGCCAUCCGAGUGGUCUCCACAGGAAAGGAAGGUGUUAUUUUCAAUGGGCUCAGCGACUGGCUCUAUGAAGAGGAGAUCUUGAAGACUCACAUUGCUCAUUGGUGGUCUCCUGAUGGCACCAGGUUGGCAUAUGCAACAAUUAAUGCCUCAAGAGUCCCCACCAUGGAGAUCCCAAUAUAUACAGGCAUCCUUUACCCUACUGUUAAAACUUACCAUUAUCCAAAGGCUGGAAUGGAAAAUCCAACUAUUUCUUUGCACGUGAUUGGUCUGAAUGGACCCACUCAUGACCUGGAAAUGACUCCCCCAGAUGAUCAGAGAAUGAGGGACUACUACAUCACCAUGGUGAAAUGGGCCACCAGCACCAAGGUGGCAGUGAACUGGCUGAACAGGGCCCAGAACGUGUCCAUCCUGACGCUCUGUGAUGCCACCACGGGGGUCUGCACCAAGAAACACGAAGACGAGAGCGAUGCCUGGCUGCACAGACAGAAUGAAGAGCCCGUUUUUUCCAGGGACGGUCGGAAGUUUUUCUUCGUCCGGGCCAUUCCCCAGGGAGGACGUGGCCAUUUCUACCACAUUGCCAUGUCAUCCUCACAGCCCAACAGUAGCAAUGAUGACUUACAGGCUAUUACAUCUGGAGAUUGGGAUGUGACAAAGAUACUGGCAUAUGAUGAAAAGAGGCAGAAAAUCUACUUCCACAGCACAGAAGAUUCACCAAGAAGAAGACAUUUAUACAGUGCAAGCACAAAUGGGAACUUCAACAGGAGGUGCCUGUCCUGUGAUCUGAUUGAAAACUGCACUUAUUUCAGUGCAUCCUUCAGCCACAAUCUGGAAUACUUCCUGCUGACAUGUGAAGGUCCCCGUGUCCCGAUGGUGACUGUUCACAACACAACAGAUGCACAGAAAAUUUUUGAGCUGGAGGUAAAUGAAAAUGUGCAGCUGGCUGUAAAUGACAGGCAAAUGCCUAAGGUAGAAUACAUGGAAAUCAAGGUAGAUGAUUACAGAUUGCCAAUGCAGAUCUUAAAGCCAGCAACCUUUGCAGACACCGCUCACUACCCCUUGCUUUUGGUUGUGGAUGGCACACCUGGCAGCCAGAUCGUCACAGAGAGGUUUGAGGUGACGUGGGAGAGCGUCAUGGUCAGCUCCCACAGCGCCAUCGUGCUCAAGUUCGAUGGGCGCGGCAGCGGCUUCCAGGGCGCCAAGCUGCUGCACGAGGUCAAGAGGAGGCUGGGCCUUCUGGAAGAGAAGGAUCAGCUGGAAGCUGUCAGGACAAUGCUGCAGGAGCAUUUCAUUGAUAAAACAAGAGUCGGUGUGUUUGGGAAGGAUUAUGGUGGUUACCUCAGCACCUACAUGCUUCCAGCUGGUGAAGACAACCAGGUGUUCACCUGUGGAGCUGCUCUUUCCCCAGUGACAGACUUCAGACUAUAUGCUUCAGCCUUUUCUGAAAGAUACCUGGGCUUGCACGGGGUUGAUAACAGAGCAUACGAGAUCAGCAAAUUAUCACACAGAAUCUCGUUACUAAAGGACCAAACAUUUUUGAUCAUUCAUCCUACUGCUGAUGAAAAAAUCCAUUUUCAGCAUACUACAGACCUUAUCACACACCUAAUUAGGGAAAAGGCUAAUUACAGCUUGCAGAUUUACCCUGAUCAAAGCCAUUACUUCAGCAAUGCAGCAUUGGAGCAGCACUUGUACCAGUCCAUUGUCAACUUCUUUGUGGAGUGUUUCCAGGUUCCAGACAAACUCCCACUGGCCCCACUGAAGGAGGAGGAGGAGGAUGAUUAA